GUUAACGCUACCAACGAUAUUACCAUACCUUUUCAUUAUCCCAGCCGACCUCCAGGAAGGCUGUCAAAGAAGUAAUUUGCAUGGUUAAUUGUAGGGUAAAUGUUUAAAAGCAAUGAAAGGAAGCAAUUCCUUUGAAAAUACAUUCAAGUUAGGGAGAAAUAUGGGCUCUCAGGACGAACUUCAAAUCAGUGAUGGUAAUGCGACUCCAGGGGUUGAACAGGAAAAACUUUUUGACCUGGUAAAUAACCAAAGAAAUACUAUCUAUGAUUUACGUAGAGAUUUGGAGCAAGCUCUUUCUGAGAAUGGCGUUCUGCGAUCACGUUUAAGUAAACUGGAAAAUCUAGAAACCUCGUUGUCUGAGUACCAUUCUAGCGCUGAAAUCCCUUCUCCCAAUAAAGCAAAUUUGUUUGCAAGGUUAGCCUCGAAGGAUCAAAGAGAUGGUUUAUCCCCAAGUUUCGUAGGGAGUGCCAGCAAAGACGAUCGAUCGUCAUUCUCUUCCCUUACGCACGGAGGUUCAUCUUUGGAAGAACGGAGUCAAAAUAUUUACAAAGAUAUGCCUCAACUUCUAUUGAACACAAAACGCCUUCCUGUAAACGCGAUUUCUGGUCCAUAUGACCCACGUUCUUCGCUUUCUUCACCUGUGUCGCACGAAAGAUACUCAGCUUUGCGGAAUGAAGCUGCAAAGACUCGAUGGUUUAUGAAAGAGGAUUUGGAUUGUACUGAAAGCCUUUCUCCUACUUCAACUAACUUUAAGUUUUCCUCAGUUCAAGAUCCGAGUGUAGUAUCAAAUAGCAAAAGUAAUAGCGAUUUUGCAAAACAGUUUCUUGAAAACUUUUCGGCUCCCAACGACUCUGUAGCAUUGAAGAAAGGCGGCAUAAAUUCCACGUUGGACGAAUCUCCUAUGAAAAACACAAUUGCGUCUCCUGCAGCGGUUACUGAUCUUGAUACGAACGAUAAUGCAACUUCAAAAUCCGGGUUUCCAUUUAAUAAGAACUUUAAUUCAAACUCCUUGUCUCCUACUCCUUCCUUAGCUUAUCCGGAACCUUUGCCUAAAGCUAUAAACCUUUCAGUUGUUAACUCACCCGAAACAAUAGCAUCUGAACCUUUAUCAAUGUUGAAAGUUCCGGAUAGUGAUAUCUGUUUGACGCGACGUCUCUCUGACUCUAAUCGAACAUGGACUAUCAUUGAUCCUCACUCUCCUACAGAGCAAUCACAACAACAAAGUUCAGAGGCCCAAUCGAAAGAAUCCAAGAAGUCUUCUACGAAAUCUUUUCUGUCCUCCUUCUCUUCAUUGACGGCAUUUGCUCGCCCGAAACAAGAAAAUCGCACAAAAAGUGAUUCCAUAGCCAGUAAUCCACAGUUAACUUCUUCAAACAAUUCUGAAACUUUAUACAACAGCAAACUCAGUUUCAGGUUGGAUGAGGCACUGGUACGAUACCUGAAAUUUGAUCUCAUGAAGACAACUCUGUCUUCUUCAUCUGCGGAGUUUGAUAAUAUCAUUCUACAUUUUGUGGUAGGUGUCACCGCUGUACCGCCUCUUGCUUCACAAUGGAAGGAUGAAGUGUGGAGCUAUUCCAGGAGUAUUGGCCAAUGUCGAGCUUUUGAUUCAUCAUUUAUUUUGGAUGUAGGUGCUCCACCGUUUCCCACACUUGACUGGUUCGCAAACGAUUCUUCUUAUAUACAAAAUGAACUACUUCGUCGGUCUGUCGACACAUAUUUCCGUUAUAUUUUCCAAGCUGAUCUUACGUUAGAACAGAAAGUUAAGUUAAUUCAGUUCUUAAGCAAAGACACUUUACGAGAAUAUCUUAAUGAUGUUUUCUUUCUUCCUCCAGAUCAUGCUCAAAAAGAAGGAGUUUUACUUAGAUAUAUUAAGAAUAUCGGACUUGUUUCUCGCUAUUUUUACUUGAAAGACCGUGUCUUGUAUUAUGCAGAAAACCGCAAUGCACCUGUUCUAGGAACAAUUCAGUUGCAGGAGGCUCAAGUCCACCGAUAUAGCGCAAAUUUGCCUGUUUUCACCAUUAUUGAUCCUCCUCAUCAAUUCUUAACUGGCGAAAAUUACCAGUCUGCAUUUGUUAUACAGGAAAAGCAAACUGAACAAAAAAAUGGAACGGAUACUAUCCAUGUCUUAUUGGCGAAGGACAUGGAAGAUCAGCAAAGUUGGUUACGUUCUAUUCUUUAUCAAAUACCUCCAGUUUCUACGUCGUCUACCCCUGUUGAUUUCCAAAUUCAAGCUUCGGAUUUUCCUGGAUCUCGUCGGAAUCAAACCAAAAAGCAAAACGAAAAGUUAAGUCAGGUGGAUUUCUUACCUGGUGUUAGCCAAUGGAGCCUGGAUGAUGACUCUCUGCCACAAAGCCAUUAUGUGGAUGACAGUGCUUUCGAAGUAAUGGGGGAUAAAGAAAACAUUAAUAAUAGACCAGAUUCAAAUGUUGAUUUGCUCCCUGCUGGACAUAGUGAUACAGCUGAACUGUCAACAGAUGAACGCGAAUCCGAACUAUCCUUUGCAAGUACCUCUGGGAAUAGCUAUUUGGAAACUGAUCCCAGAGUAACGAAAGUUGUACCGAGUUUCAAUAAAGAACAGUUACCGAAAAAGGAUAAGAACGCAUCUGUAGAAGAAGACUUUCUCAAUCAUUUCAAACGAAUAAAUAUUUCUGGGAAUAAGAUACCUCAGAUGCACGAUCAAUCUUCAAAUGCCAAUACCUUGGAAGAGAACAGGAAGGAGUAUUCUUUUGAAACCCUUGAUAAGGCGAACGGUUCAGAACCUGUGUCGUUACCAGCUCCAAAUGCGCAUCCGAUAACAAAGCAAGCCUCGGUUUUUGGAUUACCGCUGGUUGAUGCAGUAGAGCAAGCCUCGCAAUUUAAUGAAAGUGGGCUUCCCAUUGUGAUAUAUCGGUGCUUGGAGUAUUUGGAAGCAAUGCGCGCAGAAAAAGAAGAAGGUAUAUAUCGACUGAGUGGAUCUUCUUCUGCAAUAAAAAGCCUAAAGGAACAGUUUAACAAAGGCAUUGAUUACGACUUAUUAUCUUCGGAUGAAAUGUUUGAUAUUCAUGCUGUUGCUGGUUUGUUAAAACUAUACCUUCGUGAGCUGCCAACUAAUUUGCUGGAUAAUUCACUACAGAAAAUCAUUGAAUUAAUGCCGGGAAUUGCCCAUACACAGAGCUCAAUGGAUGAACUUUGUCGGGUACUUGGGGAAUUACCCGUUGAAAACUUUGUUCUUUUAGACUCUCUUUUACAUCACUUACGCAGAAUUAUUGCUUUUGAAAAAUAUAACAAAAUGAACGCAAGAAACAUCGGGAUCGUUUUUUCUCCAACUUUGAAUAUUCCUUCUGAAGUUUUUAAUAUGCUCAUCGAAAAUUAUGAGCUAAUUUUCACUGACUAUAUUCGUCAAACAAAUGCGAAUCUAGUUGAUUAAUAUGUAUCUAUAUCGCUCUUUUUUCUUUUCAAGAUAUAAGCAUCACUCUUUUUUUCGUACGUUUGGGAUUUUUUAUCUAUUUUUCGCCUUAUCGUUCGUUAGCAUUUGUCUUUAUGAUUUAAUUUAUGAAUCAAAUAUGUUUGGGGUUAAAAAAAUUUAAAUUAAAUAAAACUACAUUAAUCAUUGUAUAUAGCGGAAAUUUGGUUUUAGAAGUUUCUAUUCAAUAAUAAUUGAUGAUAUUUGCGUUAACAUAAAUUCUCUAAC